GGAAAGUCUGCCACAAAGCUCGUGUCCAUCCCGUUCCAAUAACUGCGGGUGUACCUGUUCAGUUGCUUGUGCUGGCCAGGAGGAACGUUCAAGAAGGGAAGCGGAAAGGGUACGCGAACGCGAAAAAGAUUGUUGCAUUUCCGAGCUACUGAUUUGUCGCGUACGGGGGCUCAUCACCAUCAGUGCAUGCGAGUGGGAAAAUGGAGCUGGACAAUAUAUUUCUCAACAAGCUUCCCAUCGUUGCCGCCACGGGCAGCGAGGGAGGAACGUGGAACCACUACGCGUUCAUCGAGAGCACUUGGGGCGAGCGAAAAAUUCUGCUGAAGAUCAUCGUCUUCAGUCCGCUGUACAACACACCGCUCAGCUUUCUGUCCGAGAUUGACCACGAGGUGCUGCAGCAGACGGCAAUACGAUUAGAGAAACCGUGGGACAGCUUCCUGCAGGAGACGAAAUUGGCCCUCUGCACGGAAGGUGGUGCGAACGGGUUCAAUUACGCUGUCGAGGAAAACAACUUUGUAUGGCGCAAAAUCGUCGGUCCGAGCCUAUCCUUUACGUACGGGUCCGUUAUACUGCUGCGUUCGCAAUGUCUUCUGUCGGAUGUGCUGUCGAACUCGAUCGCAACCCAGAACCAGCUGCGAAACGAUGUGCAGCUGAAAAAUAAGGUACUGCAUGAGCUGAAGGAAGAGCACGAGGAACUGCUCGAGCUGCAGCGCCAGCAGGAAGAGGACAAUCGACUGUAUGAGAUCGAGCUGAUAACGAAGUGCAUCAGUAUACUGAACGAAAAGAAAGAGGUAAUCAAUCAUUUGAAAUUGAAGCUUGCCGAGGAUGAUGACGAGGAACCGGAAGAAGCUACCGAUCAGCACCACGCGCCGGAGCAAAUGCAGCAGCAGCAAAAGUAUCAUUCGCAGGCCUCAACCGAUCCUGCCCAAGCUUUCUCCCAAGAUGAAGCGAAAUCAUCUUCUCCCACCUCGGCCUGGGUUGAUUUCAACGAAUCAGAACCGUUCACAUUGGACAGCAUCAAGCACGACCCGGAGGAACAUGGAGUGCUCCCGAAGCGAACUAAAUACCAACCGUCGCAUCGAAGUGCAACCUCUACUUCCGUCGGAUGCACUUCGACCGUAACACGAAAUCUAGCAGAAGAUGAGGGCGAAAAACGUGGUCCUCCUGAUACUCAGGAAGACGAGUUCUACAACAAAAACACUGAAGAACUCCUGCAGCAAAUAUGAAACGGAUUAUUUCUAUACACGGAUUUGGCUUUGUUCAAAAAAGCCCAUACCCCACAGCUAGAACGCAGGGACAGAGAGAGACAAAUGUUUAGAUAAGUUCUAAUCUUUUUCUCUUUUUUUCCCUUUUUCUAUUGGUUCACUGUAUAUCAAGUAAAUCUACAGACGUGUCAUCAAUAUUUGACCCGGUCAGAUGGUUCCCACAUGGUUGGGAUAGAUUGCCCGCUAAAUCUUCUCGUAAUUUAACAAUACGCUAUUAAUAACCUUAUAUGAAGUGUGUCAUAGUGCAAUGCAGUAACGUAGGAUAAAUGAUGUGCCAAUAAUUAAAAAAAGGCCGUUGUCAGGCCACAAGCAGGAGGUGAUCAAAAUGCCCACUAUAUAACCACAGUCCGUACUCGAUUUCGACUGAUCCCCCAGUGAAGCAGAUCUAGUUAAGCUUUUUGAGAGUAUGCUUAUGUUUUCUCUCUCCCCAGAAGAAAGGAAUUUCUUUUUAUUUAGGUUUAAAUUAUUUAUUAUUUUAUUGCCGUUGUCUUAAGCAUCCCAUUUUUUUUUGAUAAUAAAAUAAAAACGUAUCUUCUAAGGUUUCGGCGUCUAUGUAUUUACUGAAAGGGAAGUGGUUUCGCUCCGUUCGGCCGUUAUCGAUAUUACGCAAAGUUAAUUGACAACUAUGGAGUAACCAUUCUACGGAAGUACAAAUUGAAAUUUCCUCGACAUGUGGGUCGGGGAUACGUAAUUGUGAAAAAGUGUAAAUAUGUAUCAUUUGAUUUUGCAGAAAAAUGAAACUUUAUUGAACUAUUCA